UCGAUGAGAGGGAAUUCCAGUUAGGAUCAUGAGAUGGCACAGAUGGGAGGUAGGUUACCAACAGAAGUAAGAGGCAGUCUAAUGGAGGGGAGUCCAAGUCCCGAUCAUAGGGGGCCUGGGCGCUCCUAGGAGCUAGCACGGUUGUGAUUGAGGUCCUUUGCCAUGGGCAACUGGGAGCAGCGGUAAUGUGGGCGUCUAGGUCGUGAUUAGGAGAGGGUGUAGCCCGUGACAUGAGUAGUUUCAAAAGGUGGUGAGGGCAACACGGACGCUGUAGCUUCUGUCACCUGCAAAGCGAUCCGGCAAAGCGAUCCAGAUCCAGCCCAGACGCGGACCCGCUCUCACUCUGCGCAGGCGCAGUACAGGCCAGCAAGACGUUACGGUUGGGGGCGGGCCCCGGGGAGGGGCUUGGACGCCUCGCUCUGCGCUUGCGCCUAAGGGGCGUGGCGGUCGCACCUGCGCGAGUUGGAAGAAGGAGGAGGGGCGAGGUGACGCAGGCGUAAUAAUAGAGAAGGUGCCAGAAAGAUCCAAAACAAGUGGCUGCGGCCGUCGCCCAGGAAUCGCGAGACGUCGGAAUUCGGUGAGGAUUUAGAGAGGCCUACAAGCGACUGAUGGCGGGUAGACCGGACCACCUGGGUGCUGGGGAGAGGGCAGUACAGCCCUUAUGGGGCGAGGGGGUCGGAUUCGGACAGCGCCGCCUGUGUGGAGCGAAGGGCUGCUUUGGUCGGUCCCAUUGUAGGGGGCAGAGGGUCAAUUUCAGACGGUACCACUUAGGUGGAGCUGUGGGACUGGCUGAUCGGACAGGAGCUCUGGACGCAGCCAAGGAAUAUGUCUGGACGGUACUGCCCAGAGUCAAAGGGCAAUUGGCGGGGUGCCCCGCGUUGGGCCCCCAGGCUUGUUAGGACUGAAUCACUUGGUCGGGUGGGAGGCUUGUUCGGAACGUACCACCUGGGGAGGGGCAUCCGGGCUAGGGCAGCCCAACUGAUCCGAGGACGAGCUGGGUCUGGCGUCUGGACCUGUUACUAGGGGAUCUCGGGCGAUACCAUUCUCUUGCGCGAGAAGGGGGAGGCUAAACGGCUGGGGGCGGGGGGUGAGGGUGGCCCUCCCCAACGGGAUGCGGAAGGGGAGAAGCACUGGCGGAGGUGAGGUCCGGGUCCCUGCGUCGCUGACCACUGCCCCCUCCCCGCUAUGUGGGUUCUAGGCCCUGGUUCUGAGCUUGUUCCGCCCCCCUUCCCCGGGUAUGGCGCUGUCCGGGUCGACCCCGGCCCUGAGCUGGGAGGAGGAUGAGUGCCUGGACUACUACGGGAUGCUGUCGCUUCACCGUGUGUUCGAGGUGGUGGGCGGGCAACUGACCGAGUGCGAGCUGGAGCUGCUAGCCUUCCUGCUGGACGAGGUCCCCGGCGCCGCCGGCGGCCUGGCCCGCGCCCGCAGCGGCCUGGAGCUGCUGCUGGAGCUGGAGCGCCGCGGGCAGUGCGACGAGAGCAACUUGCGGCUGCUGGGACAGCUCCUGCGCGUGCUGUCUCGUCACGACUUGCUGCCGCACCUGGCGCGCAAGCGGCGCCGGCCAGUGUCGCCAGAACGUUACAGCUAUGGCAUGUCCAGCUCUUCUUCAAAGAGGACGGAGGGCAGCUGCCGUCGCCGUCGGCAGUCAAGCAGUUCUUCAAAUGCUGAGCAGGGUCAGUGGGAGACAGGUUCUCCUCCAACUAAGCGGCAGCGGCGGAGUCGGGGCCGUCCCAGUGGUGGCGCCAGACGGCGGCGGAGAGGGGUUCCAGCCGCCCCCCAGCAGCAGCAGCAGGAGCCCGCCCGGCCCACCUCAGAUGGCAAAGUGACCUGUGACAUCCGGCUCAGGGUGCGAGCAGAGUACUGCGAGCAUGGGCCAGCCUUGGAGCAGGGCGUGGCAUCCCGGCGGCCCCAGGCGCUGGCGCGGCAGCUGGACGUGUUUGGGCAGGCCACAGCCGUGCUGCGCUCACGGGACCUGGGCUCUGUGGUCUGUGACAUCAAGUUCUCAGAGCUCUCUUAUCUGGACGCCUUCUGGGGUGACUACCUGAGUGGUGCCCUGCUGCAGGCCCUGCGGGGCGUGUUCCUGACUGAGGCUCUGCGCGAGGCAGUGGGCCGGGAGGCUGUCCGCCUGCUGGUCAGCGUGGACGAGGCGGAUUACGAGGCUGGCCGGCGCCGCCUGCUGCUGAUGGAGGAGGAGGGGGGGCGACGCUCACCUGAGACCUCCUGAUCCUGGAUCUGGCAGGACCGACCUGACUUCCUAGCCUCUGGGCCAGCUUCUCCCCUGGAGGAUGUCGGCCGCCUCUACCCCUAGAGGACUAUCACUCCAGUAGCUCUGAGGACUGCGACAGACAGCCAGGCCCCUUGAUAGACUCUCCCACAGGAUGUGGGCACUGAGGCCUAAACCACUUCCAGCAGAGUUUCCUUCCCCACCUCCUCCCCACCCCCCACCCCCUUAGGUGUGUUCCCUCAGCCUUAGGAGGCCAGGGGCUCCGGCGCGCAGAUCCCGAAGGAAGGGAGGCAUAGCCACACACUCACCAAAGGCCCCUUGCACAUCGUUUCCCUGACCCUGGGCUGUGUGUGCACACACUGUCCCCUCUGAAGUCUCCCCUGGGCUCCUGCCCUGGCCUGCUCCACUUCCUUGUUUGGCCUAAGGGCUUCUCUCUCAGGAUCUCGGAUUAUACCGCCCCCUAACCCUGAGCUUCAGCCACACCAGUGGGCACUGGAGCUGGGGUGCACCUGGGGCCUGCUCACCUUGCCCACACGUCUUUAUAGUCAGUGAGGGCUCUGCCCAGCUUCCACACACAGACUGGCUCUGCACCUUCUGCUCCCUGGAGCUGGAUACAGAUUUGCACGUACAUCUGCACCAAGCGUCCCAUGUGUGUUGUAGUGGCAUCAGACCAAGUGUGCUGUUUCCCAGGAGGCCAAGACCAGGAACCAACUUCCUUCUCAGAAAGGGAAGGCAAAAGUUUGGGGCUGGUGGGAAAGGCCUUUUACACAUGGCACCAAUAAAACUGCCCUGGAUGGGGCAUUGGUGGGCAUCAAGGCUGUACUCUUUUCUUUUUUUUUUUUUCUUUUUAUAAAUUUAUUUACUUA